AUGUCGAACAUUCUCGAGAUCGAUCCCAUUCCCACCGUCAAGCCCGACCCCACUCAAUAUGAGGUCGCCGGCGACACUGGCUUCAGCACACUAUGGGUCGUCUUCGUAAUUAUGCUGGUAGCCUCGGGCUUCUUCACCCUGCUGUCCUGGAACAUCCCUGUGUCGAAGCGUCUCUAUCAUGUCAUCACCACGCUCAUCACAAUUACCGCUGCUCUGUCUUACUUCAGCAUGGCCACCGGUCAUGGUGCCAACUUGCACUGCGUCGAGGUCAAGUCUCACCACAACAAGGUCCCCGACACCUACCACGACGUCUGCCGUGAGGUCUACUUCGCUAGGUAUAUCGACUGGGCCAUCACUACGCCUCUCCUGCUGGCUGACCUCUGCCUCCUGGCCGGCAUUGAUGGCGCCCACACCCUCAUGGCUGUCGUUGCCGACCUGAUCAUGAUCUUGACCGGCCUCUUUGCAGCCUACGGCAGCGAGAAGACCGCCCAGAAGUGGGGCUGGUACGCCAUUGCUUGCAUCGCCUACAUUUUCGUCGUCUGGCACGUCGCCCUGCACGGCACCAACACCGUCAAGGCCCGCGGAAACAAGGUCACCAAGCUCUUUGGAUCUCUGGCUCUAUUUACCUUCAUUCUGUGGACAGCCUACCCCAUUGUGUGGGGCUUCGCCGAUGGUGCCCGCAAGGCCUCCGUCGACUCUGAAAUUCUGGCAUAUGCUGUUCUUGACGUCCUCGCCAAGCCCAUCUUUGGCCUGUGGCUCCUCAUCAGCCACCGUAGCAUCCCCGAGACAAACGUCGAGAUUGGCGGAUACUGGGCUCACGGCUUGUCCAACGAGGGCCGCAUUCGCAUUGGCGACGAUGAGAACUAA